CAAAUAUUCCCUCCCUCGGCUUUCAUCCGAAGUGUUUCUAGGCAGUGCCUCACGCUGUUCCUUUUCCAACCAUCUCUCUUUCUCUCUCUCUCUCGCAUGGCCACGAAGAUUAUGAAGGCAGUCCAGUACGAAGGUUACGGCGGCGGGGCUGCCGGUCUCAAGUAUACUGAAAUCCCAAUUCCUUCUCCCAAGAAGGAUGAGGUUUUGUUGAAGCUCGAAGCCACAAGCGUAAACCCAAUUGAUUGGAAAGUUCAGAAAGGCAUGCUGCGUCCAUUUCUGCCCCCCAGAUUUCCAUUUGUACCAGGUGUUGAUGUAACGGGAGAAGUCUCUGAGGCAGGUCCAGAGGUUGCCGACUUUAAGAGAGGUGACAAAGUCAUUGCAAUGCUUAGUCUUCCAAACAGUGGUGGACUUGCUGAGUUCGCUGUGGCGCCGACGAACAUGACAGUCUCCAGACCCGCCGAACUCUCUCCGGCUGAAGGUGCAGGCCUGCCGACCGCUGCCCUCAUCGCCCUCCAGGCGCUGAAGACAGCCGGGACGACCAAGUUUGACGGCACAGGUAAAUCUUCCAACAUUCUUAUUACCGCUGCCUCCGGCGGCGUCGGACACUACGCCGUCCAGCUCGCCAAGCUUGCAGGCCUGCAUGUGACGGCCACCUGCGGCGACCGGAACGUGGAGUUCGUGAAGCAACUUGGCGCCGACGAGGUUUUGGACUAUAAGACCCCCCAGGGCGCCAGUCUCACGAGCCCCUCGGGCAAAAAGUACGACGCAGUGAUCCACUGCGCGUCUGGUAUUCCCUGGUCGACCUUUGAGCCCAAUUUGAGCGCUUACGGCACGGUCAUCGACAUCUCUCCCUCCUUCAAAUCGAUGGUUGCUGCUUUGUACAAGAAGGUGACCUUGUCGAAGAAGAAGCUGGUGACGUUGGUUCUGGCGCCCAAAGUGGAGGACAUGAGGUUUGUGGUGGAAUUGGCCAAGGAAGGGAGGCUGAGGACAUGCGUGGAUUCGAUACAUGGGUUGAGCACGGCCGAGGCGGCUUGGGCUAAAAGCAUCUCCGGGCAUGCCACGGGGAAGAUCAUCGUCGAAAUGUGAUGCGGCAGGUGUUGUGCGUCCUGCGUUUGAGACCCUGUAAGCUCUGUUGGUUGUUUCUCUCGUGCUGUGUCAUCUCGACAUGUAUUCACCGCUGCUCCUUAAGCAAAUAAAUUAGGUUAUGAAGUAUGACCUUUUCUGGUAAA